AGCGGAGCGCUGCCUGUCAUCCUCAACAAAGGAAUGGUGUGAGCGCGCUGUCUCCAUGGUGAUGCCUUGUAUCAGACAUAUAUCAUCCAUAGGUUGUGCCAUGCAUUUUAGGAAUACGUGAAUCGUGUGUGCCAGCAGAAGCCUUUUGCGCCAGUGUGCGCAUUUGGACAGCCGUGAUCAGACUGCACCUUAAGGAUCAUUGAACCUUUCUUUUGCAUUUUAUUUGCUGUUUUGUUUAAGGGCUUUUUUGUAUUGAAAUAUAAUGUUGCGCUCUACAGCUGACAGUCUGCUUGUCGGAUUGUUCUUUCUGGGUUUUUUACACAGUUUGGAGGUGAUUCUUCCUGCAAGGGCAAUAGAUGCUCCGAAAACCUGCAGCCCUAAGCAAUUUGUUUGCAAGGACCAGGUGACGUGUAUCUCAAAAGGUUGGAGGUGUGACGGUGAGAAGGACUGUCCAGAUGGCUCAGAUGAGGCCUCAGAUGUCUGUCCUCAUAACCGUGUGUCGCGAUGUCCUCCUAAUGAGCAUCAGUGUUUGGGAUCAGAUUUGUGUGUUCACAUGAGUAAACUGUGUAACGGGGUGCCAGACUGCACUGAUGGAGAAGACGAGGGCCCGCACUGCAGAGAACUGCAAAUCAACUGUACUCUUGCUGGUUGCCAGGACAACUGUGCUGUUACACAGACCAGCCCAGUGUGUUACUGUAAGGGUGGUUAUGAGAUCAGCCAAGACGCAAAAAACUGUAAAGAUUUUGAUGAGUGUACAAUAUAUGGCACCUGCAGUCAGACAUGUACGAACACAGACGGAUCGUACACCUGCUCCUGUGUGGAAGGUUAUCUAGUCCAACCAGAUAACCGCUCCUGCAAGGCCAAGAAUGUGCCUGUGGAGCGUCUGCCCGUGUUACUGAUUGCAAAUUAUCAGAACAUACAGAUUACAUCUCUGAGCGGUUCAAGCAGCCCAUCACUGCACAUCAGCACCAAACAGACCACGGCCAUGGACUUCCUGUACACACAGGAAACAGUGUGCUGGAUCAGCGUGGGUGACUCGCCUGCGAGUACACAUCUGAAGUGUGCUAAGAUAACUGGACUCAAGAGCUUUACAGAGGAGAGGACCAUUAACAUCUCCCUCAGCUUGCAUCAUGUUGAGCAGAUGGCUAUAGACUGGCUUACAGGAAACUUCUACUUUGUUGAUGACGUGGACGACCGAAUCUUUGUAUGUGAUAAGGAUGGAACCACAUGUGUCACACUGUUGGAUCAAGAACUCUACAACCCUAAAGGCAUAGCUCUGGACCCCACCAUGGGAAAGGUUUUUUUCACGGACUAUGGGCAGAUACCAAAGGUGGAACGCUGUGACAUGGAUGGACAGAACCGAACGAAACUGGUUGACAGUAAAAUUGUUUUCCCGCAUGGCAUCACCCUUGACCUGGUCAACAGGUUGGUCUACUGGGCUGAUGCUUAUCUGGAUUACAUCGAGGUUGUGGAUUAUGAGGGCAAAAAUAGACAUACCAUCAUUCAAGGACUAUUGAUUGAACAUCUCUAUGGACUUACAGUGUUUGAGAACUAUCUAUAUGCUACAAACUCUGACAAUGCCAACAUGCAACCAAAGACCAGUGUGAUCCGUGUCAAUCGCUUCAACAGUUCAGACUAUCAGGUGGUCACCCGAGUGGAUAAGGGUGGAGCGCUACAUGUUUACCAUCAGAGACGGCAACCCCCUGUACGGAGUCACGGCUGUGAGCCGGAUCAGUUUGGGAAAGCCGGAGGCUGUUCAGACAUCUGUCUGCUGGGCAACAGUCACAAAAGCAGAACAUGUCGCUGUCGCUCUGGAUUCAGUCUGGGCAAUGAUGGCAAAUCAUGCAAGAAGCCAGAACAUGAGUUAUUCCUAGUGUAUGGGAAGGGACGUCCAGGUGUUAUUCGGGGUAUGGACAUCAACCCUAAAAUUCAGGAUGAGUACAUGAUCCCCAUUGAAAACCUCAUGAACCCUCGAGCUCUGGACUUCCACGCUCAAAGUAACUUCAUCUACUUUGCCGAUGCCACAAGUUACCUGAUUGGCCGACAGAAGAUUGACGGCACGGAAAGAGACAUCAUCCUUAAAGAAGGUAUUCACACUGUUGAGGGAAUUGCUGUGGAUUGGAUGGCCAAUAACCUCUACUGGACAGAUGAUGGUCCUAAGAAGACCAUCAGCGUUGCCCGCUUGGAGAAAGCUUCUCAGACCAGGAAGACACUCAUUGAGGGCAAGAUGACCCAUCCUAGAGCUAUUGUGGUGGACCCUCGGCACGGCUGGAUGUACUGGACUGACUGGGAAGAGGACCCAAAGGACAGCAAGCGUGGAAAGAUUGAGAGGGCCUGGAUGGAUGGAACCAACCGAAAUGUCCUGUUGACAUCUAAGACCGUUCUGUGGCCCAACGGCUUGAGUAUUGACAUUCCUCAGGGCAUCUUGUACUGGGUAGACGCUUAUUAUGACCGAAUUGAGAUGGUUUACCUCAACACCUCUGCACGCAAGACGGUUUAUGAUGGACAGGAACUGAGCCAUGCUUUUGGCCUGUGCCAUUACAAACACUUCCUGUUUUGGAACGAGUACCGCAGCGGCAACAUCUAUAAGCUCGACCAGAUCACCAAAACAGUCACCUUGCUGCGCAAUGAACGUCCACCCAUCUUUGAGAUUCGCAUGUAUGAUGCCCAGCAGCAGCUAGGCAGUAAUGUGUGUCGUGCGAAUAACGGUGGUUGCAGCAGUUUGUGUUUGGCCACUCCCACUGGCAGGUCAUGUGCCUGCGCUGAGGACCAAUUACUGGACCCCACAGACAACACCAGUUGUAAAGCAAAUCCCUCGUAUAUUCCCCCGCCGCAGUGUCAGCCGGGAGAGUUUGCCUGUAAGAAUAAUCGCUGUAUUCAGGAGCGCUGGAAAUGUGACGGAGAUAAUGACUGUCUGGACAACAGUGACGAGACCUCUGAACUCUGCCAUCAGCACACGUGUCCUGCAGAUCGCUUCAAGUGUCAUAAUAACCGCUGUAUUCCCAUGCGCUGGCUCUGUGACGGAGACAACGACUGUGGCAAUGAUGAGGACGAGUCCAACACAACAUGCUCAGCUCGGACGUGUCCUCCAAAUCAGUACUCUUGUGCCAGUGGCCGCUGUAUUCCCAUCUCCUGGACAUGUGACUUGGAUGAUGACUGCGGGGAUCGUUCUGAUGAGCCUGCAUCCUGUGCAUACCCAACCUGUUUCCCGCUCACUCAGUUCACCUGUAAUAACGGACGCUGUAUCAACAUCAACUGGCGCUGUGAUAACGAAAAGGAUUGUGGGGACGGAUCUGAUGAAUUCAAUUGUCCGAACCCGACCGAUAAUGACUGUGGUGAUAACAGUGAUGAAGCAGGCUGCAGUCACUCCUGCUCCAGUGCUCAGUUUAAAUGCAACAGUGGGCGCUGUAUACCCGACUACUGGACCUGUGAUGGAGACAACGAUUGUGGAGACUACAGCGAUGAGACCCACGCCAACUGCACUAACCAGGCAACCCGUCCACCCGGUGGUUGUCACACUGAUGAGUUCCAGUGUCGUAUGGACGGGUUAUGUAUUCCGCUCCGCUGGAGGUGUGAUGGAGACACGGACUGCAUGGAUCUGAGCGAUGAAAAGAACUGUGAGGGUGUAACGCACAUGUGCGACCCAGCAGUGAAGUUUGGCUGCAGGGACUCUGCACGGUGUAUCAGUAAGGCGUGGGUGUGUGAUGGAGACAGUGACUGUGAGGAUAACUCCGAUGAAGAUAACUGUGAGGCUCUGGUGUGUAAACUUUCUCAUCAUGUGUGUGCUAACGACACCAACAUCUGUCUGCCUGCCGACAAACUCUGUGAUGGCAAAGACGACUGUCCUGACGGCUCCGAUGAGAAGCUCUGUGACCUGUGUUCUCUGGACAAUGGUGGCUGCAGUCAUAACUGUACAGUGGCCCCGGGAGAGGGCAUCCUGUGUUCAUGUCCACUGGGCAUGGAACUGGGCACUGAUAAUAAGACGUGUCAGAUCCAGGGCUUCUGCGCCAAACAUCUGAAGUGCAGCCAGCGCUGUGAGCAGGACAAGUUCAACGUCAAGUGCUCCUGCUAUGAAGGGUGGGCCCUCGAACCUGACAUGGAGAGCUGCAGGAGCACAGAUCCUUUUAAACCCUUCAUCAUCUUCUCCAACCGUCAUGAGAUCCGACGCAUUGAUCUUCAUAAAGGAGAGUUUAGUGUGUUGGUGCCAGGACUGAGGAACACCAUUGCACUUGACUUCCACCUCAACGAGAGCUCGCUCUACUGGACCGAUGUUGUAGAGGACAAGAUUUAUCGUGGGAAGCUGUCAGAGAAUGGUGCUCUGACCAGCUUUGAUGUGGUGAUCCAGUAUGGUUUGGCCACUCCAGAGGGUCUGGCUGUAGACUGGAUCGCUGGGAACAUCUACUGGGUGGAAAGUAAUCUGGAUCAGAUUGAGGUUGCUAAACUGGAUGGGACAAUGCGCACAACUCUACUGGCCGGAGAUGUAGAGCAUCCGCGAGCCAUCGCACUCGAUCCGAGAGAGGGAAUCUUGUUUUGGACUGACUGGGAUGCCAGCAUGCCAAGGAUUGAGGCCGCAUCCAUGAGUGGACAUGGCAGGCGCACCAUUCAUAAAGAGACUGGCAGUGGAGGAUGGCCAAACGGACUGACUGUAGAUUACCUGGAGCGGCGCAUACUGUGGAUCGAUGCCAGGUCUGAUGCAAUCUAUUCAGCUAAGUACGAUGGAUCUGGUCUGAUCGAGGUGCUCAGAGGACACGAGUAUCUCUCACAUCCGUUCGCCGUGACAAUGUACGGUGGAGAAGUGUACUGGACAGACUGGCGCACUAACACACUUGCCAAAGCCAACAAAUGGACAGGAAACAAUGUGACUGUAGUUCAGAGAACAAACACACAACCGUUUGAUCUGCAGGUGUAUCACCCAUCAAGACAACCACAAGCACCCAACCCAUGUGCUGCUAAUGGUGGUUUGGGUCCAUGUUCUCACCUGUGUUUGAUCAACUAUAAUCAGACAUUCUCCUGCGCUUGUCCUCACCUCUUGAGACUGGGCUCGGACAACCACACCUGCUACGAGUCACGUCAGUUCCUGCUGUACGCCCGUCAGAUUGAGAUUAGAGGAGUAGAUAUCUAUAAUCCAUACUACAACUACAUCAUCUCCUUCACCGUCCCUGACAUUGAUAAUGUCACUGUUGUGGAUUACGAUGCUCUGGAACAGCGCAUCUAUUGGUCAGAUGUUCGAACCCAGACCAUCAAGAGAGCCUUCAUCAAUGGAACAGGCAUAGAGACUGUGGUGUCAGCAGAUAUUCCUAACUCGCAUGGUCUGGCGGUGGACUGGGUUUCUCGUAAUCUUUUCUGGACCAGCUAUGAUGCUAAUAAGAAGCAGAUCAAUGUCGCCAGACUGGACGGCUCCUUCAAAAACGCUGUUAUCCAGGGCCUAGAUAAACCCCACUGCCUCGUACUGCAUCCCAUACUGGGGAAGCUGUACUGGACUGAUGGAGAUAACAUCAGUAUGGCCAACACUGACGGCACCAACCGCACCACGAUCUUCACCAAUCAGAAAGCACCAGUGGGUCUGUUGAUUGACUUUGACACAGAGCAUCUAUACUGGGUCAGUUCUGGAAACAGCACGAUCAGCCGUUGUAAACUGGAUGGUUCUGGACUGGAAGUGUUAGAUGGCGUCAAAGGCAAACUGAACAAAGCUUCAGCACUGGCUAUCAUGGGUGAUAAGCUGUGGUGGGCAGAUCAGGGAACAGAUCAGAUCGGCACGUGUGAUAAGAGUGAUGGAGGAAACUGGAAGAUCUUGAGAAACAGCACAUCUCCCAUGAUGCAUAUGAAGAUCUACAAUGAGACCGUGCAGACAGGUUUAAACCUGUGCAGUAAUAAUAAUGGGGACUGUUCUCAACUGUGUCUGCCCACCUCUCCCUCCACCCGAGCCUGCAUGUGCACUGCAGGAUACAGCCUGAGGAUUGGACAGCAGUCUUGUGAGGGUGUGGGUUCGUUUCUGUUGUAUUCUGUCCAUGAGGGUAUUCGAGGAAUACCACUGGACCCUGCUGACAAGUCAGAUGCCCUCGUUCCUGUUUCAGGCACAUCACUUGCUGUUGGCAUCGAUUUUCAUGCCGAUAAUGACACCAUCUAUUGGGUGGACAUGGGUCUGAGCACCAUCAGCAGAGCCAAAAGAGAUCAGACGUGGAGAGAAGACGUCAUUACUAACGGCAUUGGACGUGUGGAGGGCAUUGCUGUCGACUGGAUCGCUGGAAACAUCUAUUGGACAGAUCAGGGCUUUGAUGUUAUCGAGGUGGCAAGAUUAAAUGGCUCGUUUCGAUAUGUGGUUAUCUCCCAAGGACUAGACAAACCCCGAGCCAUCACUGUACAUCCUGAGAAGGGGUAUCUGUUCUGGACAGAGUGGGGUCAGUACCCACGUAUUGAGAGAUCUCGUCUGGAUGGUUCCCAGCGAGCGGUGCUGGUGAAUGUCAGUAUCAGCUGGCCCAAUGGCAUCUCCAUUGACUAUCAGGAAAGUUUACUGUACUGGUGUGAUGCACGGACAGAUAAAAUUGAGCGCAUUAACCUAGAGACGGGUGAGAACAGAGAGGUGGUGCUGUCCAGCAACAACAUGGAUAUGUUCUCUGUGUCUGUUUUUGAGAGCUACAUAUACUGGAGCGACCGGACUCACGCAAAUGGUUCAAUAAAGCGCGGCAGUAAAGACAAUGCAACAGAUUCAUUAGCUCUGAGGACGGGCAUCGGUGUACAACUUAAAGACAUUAAGGUCUUUAACAGAGCAAGACAACAAGGAACCAAUAUUUGCAAGAACAAAAAUGGUGGCUGCCAGCAGCUCUGUCUUUACCGUGGUAACGGACAGCGCACGUGUGCUUGCGCUCACGGAAUGCUAGCUGAGGAUGGGCAGAGUUGCCGCGACUACGACGGAUACCUGCUCUAUUCAGAACGUACGAUACUAAAGAGUGUGCACUUAUCGGAUGAAAACAACCUCAACGCACCCAUCAAACCGUUCGAAGAUCCCGACCACAUGAAAAAUGUUAUAGCACUAACAUUUGAUUACCGAGGAGGAGGUGGGAAAGGAGCCAAUCGGAUCUUCUACAGCGACAUCCACUUUGGGAAUAUUCAACAGAUCAGUGACAAUGGAUCAGAUCGGAAGACAGUGGUUGAGAAUGUUGGGUCAGUGGAAGGGUUGGCGUAUCACAGGGCAUGGGACACUUUAUUCUGGACCAGUUAUACCACGUCCACCAUCACCCGUCACACCGUUGACCAGAGUCGCUGGGGGGCUUUCAACCGCGACACAGUCGUCACUAUGUCAGGAGACGAUCACCCGCGAGCAUUCGUCCUCGAUGAAUGUCAGAAUUUGAUGUUUUGGACUAACUGGAAUGAGCAGUCUCCAAGUAUCAUGCGUGCUCAGCUGUCUGGAGCAAAUGUUAUUGUGAUCAUCAGCAGUGACAUUCGCACUCCUAACGGACUCGCCAUCGACCACCGCGCAGAGAAGAUAUAUUUCUCAGAUGCUACGCUUGACAAGAUUGAGCGUUGCGAGUAUGAUGGCAGCCACCGUUACGUGGUCUUAAAGAAUGAGCCAGUGCACCCGUUCGGAUUGGCCGUGUAUGGAGACCACAUUUUCUGGACGGACUGGGUACGAAGAGCGGUCCUCAGAGCGGACAAAUACGUUGGUGGAGACAUGAAGGUUUUACGAGCUGAUAUUCCACAACAGCCAAUGGGAAUUGCCGCUGUGGCCAAUGACACAAAUAGCUGUCAGUUCUCACCCUGUCGGGUGAAUAAUGGAGGCUGUCAGGAUCUGUGUCUGCUCACUUCAGAUGGGCGGAUCAACUGUAGCUGUCGUGGAGAGAGGAAACUUCUAGAAGACAACACCUGCAUAGCUCAGAACACGUCAUGCAACAGUAUGGAUGACUUUGAGUGUGGCAAUGGAGAUUGCAUCAAAUACACUCUCACCUGUGAUGGCAUGGCACACUGCAAAGACAAAUCAGAUGAGAAACUAUCCUACUGCACUAAUCGUGUGUGUAAAAAGGGCUACAAGCGCUGUGUGAACGGACGCUGUGUCACUCACAAUUUGUGGUGUAAUGGCCGGGAUGAUUGUGGAGAUAACUCUGAUGAACUAUUCUGUAAUGCAACCCUGUGCACGGCAGAUCAGUUUCAGUGUAGAGACAGCUCUUGUGUGUCAAACUCCAGUCGUUGUAAUCAGGUGUUGGACUGUGAGGAUGCCAGCGAUGAAAUGAACUGCUCGGCUGCUGAUUGUUCCAGUUAUUUCCGUCUGGGUGUAAAGGGUGUCACCUAUCAGCGCUGUGAGUUCACCUCACUCUGUUACUCACCCUCGUGGUUGUGUGAUGGGGCAAAUGAUUGCGGAGACUUUUCAGAUGAAAGAAACUGCCCAGAAAAGAAGAAGAGAAAGUGUCCGUCCAACUUUUUUGCUUGUCCCAACGGGCGCUGUAUUCCCAUGAGCUGGACCUGCGACAAGGAGAACGACUGUGAGAAUGGAGACGACGAGUCACACUGUGAUAAGUUCUGCUCAGCGAAUCAGUUUGAGUGUGGAAACCAUCACUGUAUCUCCAGCAGCUGGGUGUGUGAUGGGGCAGAUGACUGCGGAGACGGCACUGAUGAGGACAGCAGAUGCAAGAAUAAGACGUGCAGUGCUGACGUGUUUCAGUGUCCAGACUCACACAAAUGUGUCCCUCAGCGCUGGGUUUGUGACGGAGACCGAGACUGUCCUGACGGAGCGGAUGAGAGCAUAAAGGCUGGAUGUGUGUUCAAUAACACUUGUAAGGCAGGAGAGUUCAUGUGUCAGAACAGACAGUGUAUCCCAAAACACUUCGUCUGUGACCAUGACAACGACUGUGGCGAUGGCUCUGAUGAAUCUAUGGAGUGCGAGUAUCCUGCCUGUAAGGCAAAUGAGUUCCGCUGUGAUAACGGCCGCUGUCUCAUCCAGAAAUCCUGGGAGUGUGACGGAGAGUUUGACUGUCAUGAUCACUCAGAUGAAGCUCCAAAAAACCCUCAAUGCAAAGGCCCUGCAGAGAAGAAAUGUAAUGACACGGCGUAUGCGUGCAGGAACGGUAAAUGCGUGAACGAGACGUUAUUGUGCAAUCAUAACGAUGACUGUGGUGAUGGUACUGACGAACUGAACUGCUUCAUUAAUGAAUGUCUGAACAGUAAACUGAGCGGCUGCUCUCAGCUGUGUGAAGAUCUAAAGAUCGGCUUCAAGUGCAGAUGUCAUCCUGGCUUCAGACUGAAGGAUGAUGGGAAGACGUGUGUAGAUGUGGACGAGUGCACAAGCAUCUAUCCCUGCACACAGCACUGCAUCAACACACAUGGCAGCUUCCGCUGUCUAUGUGUGGAUGGGUUUCAGCUCAGUCCCACAGAUCCCACUAUAUGCAAGUCCACCUCGGAUGAGGAGCCGUUCCUCAUCUUUGCCAACCGUUAUUAUUUGAGGAAGCUCAACCUGGAGGGCUCAAACUACACACUAUUAAAACAGGGUUUGAACAACGCUGUUGCUUUAGAUUUCGACUAUCGGCAGCAGAUGAUCUACUGGACAGAUGUGACAACUCAAGGCAGCAUGAUACGACGAAUGCACAUCAACGGUAGCAACGUUCAGGUUCUCCAUCGCACUUCUCUCAGUAACCCUGAUGGCCUGGCUGUUGAUUGGGUGGGUGGAAACCUGUACUGGUGUGAUAAGGGACGGGACACUAUUGAGGUAUCAAAGCUAAAUGGAGCUUACAGGACUGUGUUGGUUAACACGGGACUGCGGGAACCCAGAGCCGUAGCUGUGGAUGUCCGCAAUGGAUACCUGUACUGGUCAGACUGGGGUGAUAAUCCUCAUAUCGGGCGUAUUGGUAUGGACGGCACAAACAGAAGUGUAAUCAUACAGGAUAAGAUAACCUGGCCCAAUGGACUCACUCUGGACUUCAUCAAUGACCGGAUAUACUGGGCUGACGCAAGAGAAGACUACAUCGAGUUUGCCAGCUUAGAUGGAUCCAACAGACACACUGUCUUAAGUCAGGAUAUCCCACACAUAUUUGCCAUGACUCUGUUUGAGGAGUUCAUAUACUGGACAGACUGGGAGACCAAAUCCAUCAACAGAGCUCACAAGACCCUCGGCACCAACAAGACUAUGUUGAUCAGCACCCUGCACCGACCCAUGGACAUCCACAUCUACCACCCUUACAGACAACCUGAGGUCACAAAUCAUCCAUGUCAGACAGAUAAUGGUGGCUGCAGUAACUUGUGUCUGCUGUCUCCUGGUGGAGGUUAUAAAUGUGCCUGUCCCACUAACUUCUACCUGGCUGCUGAUGGUAAACAGUGUAUGUCCAACUGCACCGCUAGCCAGUUUGUCUGCAAGAAUGACAAGUGUAUCCCGUUCUGGUGGAAGUGUGACACAGAGGACGACUGCGGGGACCGAUCAGACGAGCCUGCCGAAUGCCCGGAGUUUAAAUGCAGACCUGGUCAGUUCCAAUGUGGUACUGGUAUCUGUACAAACCCAGCGUACAUCUGUGAUGGAGACAAUGACUGCCAAGACAACUCUGAUGAAGCCAACUGCGAUAUUCACGUGUGUUUGCCGAGUCAGUUUAAAUGCACCAAUCCCAACCGAUGUAUUCCUGGAAUUUUCCGCUGUAAUGGACAAGACAAUUGUGGAGAGGGAGAAGAUGAGAAAGACUGCCCGGAGGUGACGUGUGCACCUAACCAAUUCCAGUGUGCCAUAACCAAGCGCUGUAUCCCACGUGUGUGGGUGUGUGAUCGUGACAAUGACUGUGUCGAUGGAUCUGAUGAACCCGCCAACUGCACUCAAAUGACAUGUGGUGUGGAUGAGUUCCGUUGUAAAGAUUCUGGCCGCUGUAUUCCAGCCCGCUGGAAAUGUGACGGAGAAGACGACUGCGGCGAUGCUUCAGAUGAACCCAAAGAAGAGUGUGAUGAGAGAACAUGUGAACCAUACCAGUUCCGCUGUAAAAACAAUCGCUGUGUGCCUGGCCGCUGGCAGUGUGACUAUGACAACGACUGCGGAGACAACUCAGACGAGGACAAGUGUGUGCCUAGACAGUGCUCUGAGAGUGAGUUUGCCUGCACCAACGGUCGCUGUAUUGCUGGACGAUGGAAGUGUGAUGGAGACCAUGACUGUUCUGAUGGAUCUGAUGAGCACGGCUGUGAUGUGAAGUGUGAUAAUGAUCAGUUCCAGUGUAAGAACGGGCACUGUAUCCCGUACCGCUGGAGGUGUGAUGCUGACGCUGACUGUAUGGACGGCAGUGACGAGGAGAACUGCGACAUUGGAGUGGGUCGAUACUGCCUCCUGGAUGAGUUUCAGUGUAAUAACACUCUGUGUAAGCCGCUGGGCUGGAGAUGUGAUGGCGAGGACGACUGUGGAGACAACUCUGAUGAAAACCCACAGGAAUGUAAGGGAUUCUACUGUCCUCCCUCCAGACAGUUCCGAUGUCAUAAUAACCGAGUGUGCCUGCCAGUGUCUAAACAGUGUGACGGUGUUGACAACUGUGGAGACAACAGCGAUGAACUCAACUGUCAAACUCCUGCCCCUGUGGUCUGUAAAAAGGAUGAGUUUACAUGCAGUAACGGGAAGUGUAUAAGCAUUAACCUGCGGUGUGAUUACUUCAAUGACUGCGAGGACUACGGCUCUGAUGAGAUCAAAUGCAACAAGAAAGAUUCAGAUCUGAAUGAAUGUCGGCAGAAUCGCAGUGUGUGUGGAGACGGAGAUGAAGCUCACUGUGUACUGAACGGAACAGACUCGUUCUGCUCCUGUAAGUCCGGCUUCCAGAAAAUGCUGCAGCAAACCUGCACAGAUGUGAAUGAGUGCAAGCGCUUUGGGGUCUGUUCUCACAUCUGUAACAACACGAAGGGCUCCCACAAAUGCAGCUGCCACAAGUACUUUAUCAGAAUCAACGACACCUGCAAAGCAGACAGCAGUGAAAAACAAGCUCUGUACAUCGCUGACGAUAAUGAAAUUCGCAGUCUGUAUCCUGGGAUGCAAAACUGGAUCUAUGAACAGGCGUUCCAGGGAGACACCAAUGUUCGAAUCGACGCCAUGGACCUGCACAUCAAAUCUAAACGCAUCUUCUGGACCAACUGGCACACAGGCAGAAUCUCAUCGUUUGAGCAGCCUUCAUCUGGACCAGCCUCACCGAACUCCAACCGCAACCGCCGACAAACUGAUUCCAGAGUUACUGAUCUAGAGAUCCCUGGAUUGAAAAUGCCUCGUGGGAUAGCUGUGGACUGGGUAGCCAACAACAUCUACUGGACAGACUCGGGUCGUGAUGUCAUUGAGGUGGCUCAGAUGAAUGGACGCAAUCGCAAGACCCUCAUCUCGGGCAUGAUUGACGAGCCAUACGCCAUCGUGGUGGACCCUCAGAGAGGCACUAUGUACUGGGCCGACUGGGGAAAUCACCCUAAGAUUGAAACAGCAGCUAUGGACGGAACCAUGAGAGAGACCCUGGUGCAUGAAAACAUCCAGUGGCCCACAGGUCUGGCUGUGGAUUACUUCAAUGAGCGUCUGUACUGGGCGGAUGCUAAACUGUCUGUUAUUGGGAGUGUAAGACUGAAUGGAACAGAUCCGGUCAUAGCAGUUUCAAGCAUAAAGAACAAUCUGCACCACCCCUUCAGUAUUGAUAUCUUUGAGGACUUCAUCUAUGGUGUGACCUACCAGAACAAUUUUGUCUUCCGUGUCAAUAAGUUUGGCAAGAGUUCAGUGGAGCAUCUAACAACUGGCAUGAACCAUGCCACAGAUUUAGUCCUGUACCACCCUUACAAACAGCCAGAGAUGACAAACCCAUGUGACAGGAAAAAGUGUGAGUGGUUGUGUUUGCUUAGUCCCAGCGGUCCAGUAUGCACAUGUCCAAACGGACGAAUGUUAGACAAUGGCACAUGUGUGGAGGUGCCCACCCCUACACUGACACCAAUUUCUCCAAGUGGCCCGUGUAACCUGCUGUGUCUGAACGGUGGCACUUGUGUGCUGAACGCCAGGAAACAGCCCAAGUGUCGCUGUCAGCCCAACUAUGGAGGAGACAAAUGUGAGAUUAACCAGUGUAGAGAUUACUGCCAGAACGGAGGGACCUGUACAGCAUCACCCACAGGCGCUCCGACUUGCCGUUGUCUGGCAGGCUUCACAGGACCUAACUGUAACCAGCGCACAUGUCAGAGCUACUGUAAGAAUGGAGGAAACUGCACUGUUAAUCGCGGGAACCAGCCCACCUGCACAUGCCCUGCAGACAUCCUUGGAGACCAGUGCCAGUACCGCACAUGUGAUGGAUUCUGUGAUCAUGAAGGGACAUGUCUGCAGUCCAGCGAUGGGUCGAGACAAUGUCGCUGUCCUCCACGUUUCAUCGGCAACAACUGCGAAGUGGACAAAUGUCACUAUUGCCGUGACGGCAAGUGUAUACCCACCAAUAUCUACCAGCCUCAUGGAGACGUCACGUGCAGCUGUGCCAAUGGCAGUAUCCAGCCAAGCUGUUAUACGUGUGAAGGAUAUUGUGCUAAUGGACAAUGCACCCUCGGCCCCACAGACCUCCCAGAGUGCAAAUGUCCUCUUGGAUGGGAGGGUCAUCGCUGUGAGAAUCCGGCCCCCAAUGUGAAUGCAGAAUCCAGUGGCCGCACUGCCUCAAUAGUUAUUCCAGUGAUUUUAUUGAUACUGCUGGUGUUGCUGAUUGGUGGAGCGGUUUUAUGGUACAGAAAAAGAAUGAGCGGAGCUAAAGGGUUUCAGCAUCAGAGAAUGACAAAUGGCGCUAUGAAUGUUGAGAUCGGGAACCCAGCCUAUAAAAUUUAUGAAGGAGAGCAAGAUGACGAUGUUGGAGAAUUGCUGGAUGCUGACUUCACUCUUGAUCCAGACAAGCCGACCAACUUCACGAAUCCCGUGUAUGCUACUCUGUACAUGGGCGCUAACAACAGUCGCAAUUCCCUGGCGAGUACAGACGAGAAGAAGGAGCUGCUAUCACGGGGCGAUGAAGAGCCGCUGGUGGAUCCCCUGGUUUAGACUGUCCAUUGGUUCGAUCCAAACUAAUUCACGGAUAAAAACCGUUUUGCCUUUUUGAGAAAAAGAAAAAAAUACAGGAAUAAAAUCAAUGAUUAAGUGUUAACACUGUAUAAAAUGUACAAAAUGAAGGACUACUUUUGUAUGUGAUUGCAGUAUUAUAUUUUGUUCUUUUUCAAUUUUCUGGUCAGAGCAAAACAUGAGAAGAAAAGGAUACAUUUUCUACAAAAAAAAAAAAAAGAUUUUUGUUUGCCAUUUUUUUAGGUCACCUACCCUUUACCUUAAUAGCCACUACCUCUGUGCAAUAUGGAGUCAGAGAAAGAAAUGAAAUGAAACAAAAUUUGAAUAAUUGAUUUUUCUUUGGGGGUUUUUGUAUGAGAUGAAGAAUGUCCCAUCAGUAGUGUCAACUGUUUGUUUGUAUGUCAUGACUGUUAAGAGGGCGAGUUAGACAUGGAACCAGUGUCACUUUCUGUAACGUUGUUUGUUUCAAACUUACAAUAUAUGUAAAGCAGAAGAUAACUGAUGAUAUCAAAUUUAUUUUCCAGUUUUACUGCUCCCAUUGCUAUUCAAAUAUUUAUGUUUAAGGAUUAUAAUUUUCACUUGCACAGACUCAGACCAUUGCAGUAUUACAUCCCAUAAAACAAAUCUUAUUACAAACUAUUACAGAACAACAACUGAUAACAUCAGUGUUGUAGAGCAGUGUUCCCCAUCCUGGUCCUGGAAGAACCCAGCCUUGCACAUUUUGUGCUUCUUCUUUUUUGACCCCCAAUUCCGCUCAUGGAGCUAAUGAGUUCAAUCAGGUAAAUUAUAUUAAUCUUAACACACAUACGCUACCAGUUAAAAGUUUGGACACACUUGACUAAAAUGUUUCUCAUGAUCUUUUGCUCUAAAGGCUUAUGCUUAAAAUCAUGAAAUUCGUUUUGCAGAGCUAAAUAAAUUGUAUAUGCAUGUCUUUACAAAACGAAACUCUCAGUUCUUGAAGUUCUUUGAGAGAAUUACCAGAGUUGUAAUAUAGACUAAGAGCGGCUACUUAAAAUAAGUUUUGACUUAACAUUUUUGCCAACUGCAUAUUUCCAAUACUUCCAGUUGUGUAUUUUAUAGUUUUGAUGACUACCAUUUUUCUAAAAUAUGGAAAAUAGUAAUAAUAAAGAAUGAGUUAUGUCCAAACUUUUGACUGGUACUGUUUUUAUUUCAGUUUAAAGUGAACAUUUCUGUAGAAAUAGCUGCUUAAAAGUAAAUCCCAAAACAAUCAGAUUGCACAUGUUUGAAUUGGUUGUAGUGAUGUGUGAGUGUUUUCAAGUGUUGAUUGCACCUUUAAAACUGCAUAGAACAAAGUGAAUUUUACAGGUCAAAUUACAUUUAUUGACAAAUUGAUAGUAACUUUUUUAAAUGUCACGGUUAAAGAUGAAGAAUUGAUACGCUGAAACAUUUUAAUCUUGUCUUUUGUAAGCUGCCUCUGAAACAUAUACUUAUCCGUCAUGUGGCUUUUAAAAUGUAUGCUUUUUCCCUGUAAUUCUCCCCUUAAUUCCCGCUCAAUUUAUCUUCGCUGAGAUAAUGCUUAUGUUGGAAUGCUCGUCAGCCAUAUUGUAAAACAUGGUCAAACAAACAUGUUUUAAAAGCAAAAACAGUUCCUAUAGCAACAAAUCAUCUACCACACUAUAAUAGUAACAAAUUAGCGCUUGUUUUUAGAAAAAAAUUGUACAAUCAUGUCAUCUCAGAUCAAUUGCAAAAUUGUCUGUGCAUUUUUAAUGUCAAUUCUUACAUUUUUGUUUUGUAUUGGAAAAAUGACAUACUGUUCAUGGUACAAAAUGCAUGGAAGUUCUAACUUUGGGCAGAGAAUAAUGUUAAACUUUUUUGCUGGAGUACUUUAUGAACUGAAUAGCAGAUAUUAUAAUCUGUUAUUUAUAAAUAAAACAAAUCUUAAUCCUU